AACUGACUAGAUGAUACAAGGCAGUGUACCAAGCAUAGAUUACUCAGCAGUUGAAGUAGAUAAUUUUGAUUUUGGUUUUGCACAGCGUGUUGGCAAAACUGGCACGGCCAAUAUUCUAACUGCGGGGAUACAGCUGGUUGGAAAAUUCGGGACAUUCAUAAAUUAAAUGUAAUGGAAUUCGCGUGCACUGUGUGAUGUCCCGAGUGAUUCUCCGUUGAAACAACACGCUGCUGUUUAAGCUCAUGGUUAUGCAUAUUUGAGACUUGUUCGGAAUAUUUUCUUCCACAAACAAAUCAUGAACAUCUUUAAAAUGCUCACACCAAAUAUCUGUGUUCAGUACGGAUUCUUGGUGGGGAUUUUUGCCUUAAUCUGUUUUAACUUCAACUCAAAGCUGCUAUAUCAUAAAUGGAAGAAGAAAAGAAAGGCAGAAUUUAAUUUAGCUCAAACAGAGCCGAGUUCCUUUAAGGAAAGUGGAUGGAAAUUUCAAAACAUUUCUGUUGAUUCCAGGGAGGUAACGGUUCCAAUUCAGCCAACUACCACCAGCCCUCGUCGCAUCAGUCAAUCAUCCUGUAUUCCAUCAAGUAACUCAGCGUACCAUAGUUCCAGUCUGCUAACAUCUACGGAUCUCGCGGUUAGUGGUGACCAUUCGGCAGGCGAGAGUGGCUAUGAAACUUUUGAACGUCCCUGGGUUCCCAAGAUUUCCAACACUACAAUCAAUCAACUUGGAACAUCACCCGACAAAGUCAGUUCAAUAAAACAGAAGUUAAGUACCUUAUCUUCGUUUUCCAGAUUGGUUGAACCGUUGGGGCGAUAUUGUCUGCGCACAUUCAACGGAAAGACAAACUCGGCUACUCAACAAACCUCGGUCUUGUUCAAAAGAGAAACAGAUGAGUUAAGCAAAGAUUUGAUGGUGAAUAAAACUCACUUGCUCGGUCAAGGUUGCAAAUCAUGCAGAACAAGCUCAAGACAUUUGCAUAUUGGAUGUGGUAGUAACUACACCCAGGCAACAUGUGGAAAUGACCUGCAUACUGGCUUUGAAUCACCAAGUAAUCUACUGGGGUUGCAACCUGCAGUAUCGCAAUGGUCAAUCAUACAAAACGAAAAUUUUGAGCUUGGUGAUCAACGUUCAGGCGCGAACAGCAUAGGAAAAAACAGUGCUCUCAUCGACCCAAUUUAUUGCAAAAUCCAAAAAUCCUUUGAUCAACUAGAACAAGGUGACAUCCACGAUGUGAAUAAUUUCGAGGAGGAAGAUAACUUACCGUGGUGUGAAUUGUGUUGGAAGCGAAAUUCCAUAUCCAGCGGAAAAAGUCAGCCAUUUUCAGCCCAUCCGAGUAGUCAUAUCUAUUAUGAACUGCAAGACUCCCAAAAAUCCUCCGGGGAUCUGAAACUUUCAGCUUGGAGUAUUCCUUAUCUUUUGAACCGCGAUAAUGAAGUAUCUUCGGAUCUGGGUUCAACUAGGCCUACUAGCACACCACCUCAGCUGCCAAGUCGGAGCUAUGGACAGAGCACUGUCAAUUUGGUAAACAGGCUGCGUAACAUACUGCAAAACAAACGGAAGAAAGCUUGUUCAAUUUUUAAAGCUACCUGUUCGGAAACCCGAGUAGCCUCCACACUAUGCAGUUUUGUCGCACGCCCUCAUUUAUACAGCCUGUCUUCGACUUUUUCAAUGACCAAUAUAAACUUAACGCAAGACAGCGAUGCGCCAAUUAUUCCUGAAAAAUGUGUUACUUAUAUCAGUGCUAUUGGUGGACAAGAUGUAAAGGAUGUACAAUCUGAAUCUACGUCACUAAGACAGAAUACGCUUCCGAAACUUACGAGUUCAAAAUUUGGUUCCGUCGGCUUUGGCUCUAACGAAAAACUUUCCUGGACACGAAUCAUCGCAAAUACAAAAGAAACAGCGAACAUAUCAUUUGGUAGACAGAACCGUAAAAGCAAUGACAACAUUCAAACCAAUCAACCCAAUGCCGCUAAGACAGCCAUUUUCUCUUCGCGAAAAAUCUGGGCACCGAGCCUUCAGAGAUGUCGAGCAAAUUCGUUGGCUAAAUCCACAUACAACAUCAAGUUGAUUCGACAGCUGCCUAAGGGAAUGGAUGGAUCACAGCACAGUAUUCGUCAUAUUGACAGCGAGACUGACAUCGUGGAACUGUUUGGAGACUCUUUAAAGCCAACCGAGUUCUGCCACAGCAGCUCCAGUUUAUUAGCGCCAAUGUGCCACGUUUAUACACCAAGGCAUCAAACCAGUGUGGAUCAAGUUCAUUUCGUUAAGUCACCUGAACAAAGAGUUUACAAAAACACUCACGGUUUUAUUGAGAAACAACUUUGGUCACCAUCACGCAGAGCAACGGAAACCACACACACAAUGUCCCCGUUAAUGGAACGCUCAAUUGAAGACGAAGAAUCCCGCCGACUGCUUAGUUUAUGUCGGUGAAAGCGAUACGUUUCAAGGACUUCAUGAAGCAAAUACAUUUAAACUUCAGUUUUUACACACAUUAAUGCAUUUAUUUAUUCUUUAUUUCCAAAACCACACCUUUCUCAUGUAGUACACGAUGUCACGGGGGUUCGUUGAAAAGUUGUUUGGCUAUGCAAAGUGCU